AAUAUUUCAAUUUUUUGUUCGAAUCUAUUUUCUUUAAUAUUCGCAUAGAGUUUCACAUCGUCAUAUCAAUUUUGAUCUUUAACGAGUUUUCCAGUUUGACCUUGAAAUUAAUUUCUCUGAAAUCUGAAAUCAAUUCAUUCUGCAGCUUAGUCGGAUGAAAAUUAUCGUAUCUUAUUAUUUAAUUGUACAUCCACAUGAGUAAGAAGAGCUAAAGAAAUCUUCAUUUCGUACAUGUUCGGAACUACCCCAGUGCUUGCAUUCACCAUUUUCACAGUAUCAAGAUACAUAUAAGAGAAAGAGGAAAAUUUUUUAAACUUGCCUUUGGUUUACAUGUACUAUAAUUCUGGUUACUUAUUCAAAUUCUUGACUAUUUAAAAGGGUGCGAAAGUUAAUGAGACUUGUGUAGGACUCUAUUAGUAUGGAUCUUUCCAUAAAACGCAUUGCAAGCUUGAUUUUAAAGAGUUAUACAUGAUCCAAAAAUAUUCAAUAAAAUCUGAUCUUCUUCUUUUCAGCAUUAAUAAUAAAAAGAAUAAAAUAGUCUAUAUUUCAAUAAAAAAAUGGUUUUCAACAUAUGGUUACAUUACAUUUUUAUAAUAGAUUAAAGAACAAUUUUUAUAAGAAUAUUUCUAGUUGAGCUCUCAUAACCUGGAAUACUGCCAUUGCAUAGCAAAUUCCGAGUUUUCGGUCUCAUUUGAUACCAACAUGUGAAUCUUUUCAAAUGUUUUGAUAUUUUUUUUAGGUUAUAAGGCACCUACUCGUCGAACAGUACAACGUCAGUUGAAAAGACUUCAUAACAAUCAUGAGCAAAUACUUCUCACCGAGUUGAAAUAUAUUGAUGCAUUAGCUGUUACUACAGACCUAUGGUCAGAUAAAAAAGUAAACUCAUACAUGUGUUUAACAGGACAUUAUAUAAAUUCUGAUUCAAAAUUAACUUCAAAAGUUUUAUCAUUUACGAUUUUUCCUGAACGACACACAGGUGAACAUAUUUCUUAUACUAUUAAAAAACAACUUAAAAGGUUACAAGUUUAUGAGAAAACAAAUGUAAUUACAUGCGAUGGUGCAUCAAAUAUGAAAAAAUCAUUUAAUACUCUUAAACCUAAAAGAUUACAAUGUUUAGGUCACAAAUUACACCUGGUAGUAUGCAAUGCUCUUUGCUUAUGGGUAAAAGAUCAACAACUAUCUGAAUCAUCAACAACUGGUGAAGAAAAUAAUGAAAGUUUUCAUGAUGUUAAUACGAAUAAUACAAAUGAUUCUCAUAAUUUCGAUAAUGCAUAUAGUACUGUUGAUGAUGAGACAUCUAAUGAUGGUCCUGAUAUAAUGGAUGAUGAAGAUUCAUCAACUGAUAAAGAUUCUGAUGUACCUGAUAAUUCAAGUGAAACGUCCGAUUUGAUUAAUGAAAAUUGGGAAGAAGAUGUUAGUGAAGACAUAUUAUCAAUUACUUGUGUACAACAACUGCUAAAAUUUGAACUCAAUCGAGAUGAAUGGGAAAUAUUGGAACAUGUGAACGAAGUUCUUGAAUCAUUCUCCGAAGCAACAAAGCUAAUUAGUGGCAAAAAAUAUAGUACCAUUGGACUUGGACUUUUUUCUAUCACCAGUCUUAAAGAAAAGUUAGAAGAACGAAGUGGAAAAUAUGAAAUUGAUGAACUCAAAGAUUUGUUACUUAAUCAACUCAUAAAUUAUUUUGAAAAUGACUCCGAUCAAUAUGAAUUAUUAAAGCGUUAUGCUUUUUAUGAUCCUCUUGGUUUUGGUGUAUUGGAUCGUGUAGAUCGAACAAAAAUUGAACGUGAAAUAAAAAAAUUGCAUUCGGAAUAUAUGGCAUCAUCAACAAGUCCUAAUUCAUUUGUUUUUGGCUUUGCUACAACAGCUAAGUCCAAGCCAAAGUCUAACUUAUUACAAGGUUUUCUUUCAUCACUUGGUAAACGUCGACCCGGUAUUAUCAAAGAAGGCACAAACUUAUCAUUGACUGAUGAAUUAUCAAUUUACCGUUCUUUAGCAAUGCAAGAAUUCAAUGAUAUUAUUGCAGAUUCUAAAGAAUAUGAUCCAUUUGCUUUUUGGAAUCUACAUAGUCAAAAGCUCAAAUUUUUAUCUGUUUUGGCUCGAAAGCAUCUAAUCGUUCCAAGUACAUCAGUUCCAUCAGAAUCAACAUUUAGCAUAGCUUCGUAUCUUGGACGAAAAGAACGAAAUCGAUUAACACCUGAAAAUCUUUGUAGAUUAGUUUUUUUAAAGGAUAAAGUGACAAAAAAAAUGUAG